CUAAAUCAUUCAUCCCAUACGGUUGACGGAUCCGAUCAGAUGCACAAAAAGACACACACGAAUGAAGGCCAUGGGUGGUUACUCCGGUGGUCUUGUAAUGUCUGUCAGUCUGCCUGCCUGUAGCAUGAUACACAGAGUGCCAUGCAGCACAGCUGCAUGAUCCUCCAUGGGAACGAUCAGGCUCUCUCUCGAGAGGCCUUCACGCCACGGGCGGCUCGCAACUUGCUCUCCUGAAAGCACGUAGGUGCCAACGCGUCAGCAGCCUCAAGGCGGCAGGAGGCGUACAUGUGCGUUGUCGGUGAGUGCUUACGAGCAUGCGAAUGAGUCCAUUGCUGUGGGUGUCCUUCCGUCUGAGUGCACGGUCGAUGGCCGACGCAGCGAUCCGCACCUGAGGCUGCAACCUGGGCUCGUCAUCGGCACAGCAAAGGUCAAACGACACACCAUCACCUACACACAUACAUACAUCCAUACGAGCAGGCGUGUCGCACUCUCUCUGUUCCUCCAUUGUCUUACCGUCAUUGCAAGCCGCUGCAGGUCUCGGUGCUGUGUUGUUGUCGAUCUCUUGUUUUUUCUUGGCAGGUGGCUUGGCAGGCCCGCCACCCGGACACUUCACACCACCACCACCAGCAGCAGCCACCUGCACACAGACACGAAGAGAGGCGUCAGAUGGAGGUUGUCGGCACUUCUAUCUAUCUCACCUUUGUCGGCUUGGCCUUCGUGCUGCUGACUGGCGGCCCGAGACUGACGCCUAGAUCCUCCCAGUUAAGUGAAGGCGACUCGAGCCAGUCAUGCAGGAGGUCGCCCUGGCCGCGCUUGUGCACCCGGGGGGAGGGUGGGAGGGGUGGGCGAGGCUGCUGGCGAUGCACUGAUAGAUAGGACAGAAAGAACACAGAGACGAUUGAUGGUCACAUCAGCGUGGAUGGAUGGAUGUGUCGUGUCGUGUGUGUGGCGGCUGUCACCCCGAUGGACACAGGGGCUCCAGGAAGCGCAAGCACGUUUGCAUCCCGGCAGCUGCCUCGGAUGCAGGCGGCCGCCCCUCAUCGCCGAAGUCGACGCAUGUGUCCUCGGGCUCACCAUCAGCAGGGCUAUUCAGGCGCCGCUUCUUUGCCAUUGUCAGCUGCACACACAAGGCAAAUCAUUCUACUGUGAGCCAGCAUAGCAGACAGAGAUCUGCUUACACAUUUCAACGCAGAAGAUCUCGUCGGCUUCGAGAGCACUCACUCCUCCGAUGCGCCCGGGACCGGGGUCAUCCAUGCCGCCUUCAAAAAGCCACAAACUGAGGAAGAAAGCUUCACAGCC